CUCUAUCUUUUCCGCCCGCUGCCCACGACUUUGCAGUCCGCUUCCUCCGUCUCCGCCACCCCUUAGGCGCCAAUUGCACACGCACGACACCAGCGGAUCUAGCCAACAUGCUGCCAGUCCAGCGCACAAUGCUCGCCGCGCGAGCACUGUCCAAGGCCUCCCGUCCCGCCGCCGUUGCCGCUGCCCGAUCGUAUGCAACCGUCCAGUCGGACAUCUUCAAGCCCACCAAGUUUGGCGGCAAGUACACGGCGACUCUGAUUCCCGGUGACGGUAUUGGUGCCGAAGUCACCGAGGCCGUCAAGGCCAUCUUCAAGGCCGACAAUGUGCCAAUCGAGUGGGAGCAGGUCGACGUCUCCGGUGUCGAGACCGGUGACAAGAACUCAGAGCAGCUGUUCCGCGAGGCCAUUGCAUCACUGAAGAGGAACAAACUUGGCCUCAAGGGCAUCCUGUAUACGCCCCUCGAACGAUCGGGCCACCAAUCCUUUAACGUCGCCCUCCGACAGGAGCUCGAUAUUUACGCUUCCAUCGUGCUGAUCAAGAACAUCCCCGGCUACGAGACCCGCCACAAGAACGUUGAUCUGUGCAUCAUCCGUGAGAACACGGAGGGUGAGUACUCCGGCCUGGAGCACCAAUCCGUCGCUGGCGUGGUAGAGUCCCUCAAGAUCAUCACCCGAGCCAAGUCAGAGCGGAUUGCUAAGUUCGCCUUCGCUUUUGCUCUGGCCAACAACAGAAAGAAGGUCACCUGCAUCCACAAGGCCAACAUCAUGAAGCUGGCCGACGGUCUAUUCCGAAACACGUUCAAGAAGGUGGCUGAAGAGUACCCGACCCUGGAGGCGAACGACAUGAUUGUCGACAACGCCUCGAUGCAGUGCGUCAGCCGCCCGCAGCAAUUCGACGUCAUGGUCAUGCCCAACUUGUACGGUGGCAUUCUGUCCAACAUCGGUGCCGGUCUAGUCGGGGGGCCAGGCAUCGUCCCAGGUUGCAACAUCGGCCGCGACAUUGCCGUCUUCGAGCCCGGCUGCCGCCACGUCGGUCUCGAUAUCAAGGGCAAGGACCAGGCAAACCCUUCUGCUCUGCUUCUCUCCGCAUCAAUGAUGCUGAGGCAUGUCGGUCUUGACGAUCACGCAAACCGCAUCUCCAAGGCCGUGUACGACGUCAUUGCGGACGGCAAGGUCAGGACACGAGACAUGGGAGGCAACGCAACGACGCACGAGUUCACGAGGGCUAUCCUUGACCAGAUGGAGAAGCAGUAAGCACAUCGUAGAAUGUAUGAGUAUUAGAAAUAUGGGUGGUGUGCAUGAACGGCCCGGUUUGGCUGGAUUUUUUUUUAAAGCCUUUUGUCAUCUGCUCAGUCUGGUAGUGUCUGUGUACUCCUCCAUAUAUCAAAGUGGCGUGUGUAGUCUUCCGAAUGUAACGAAAAAAAAACCACCAUGCUACCUCUUCCUGCUUCACUUCUUCUCCUCCAUUGCGGCAGAAACCGUUAUCACACUUCUGUUUGCUAGCAUCAUUUACUCAGUCACAAGAAAAACGUGCAUGAAGACUUGAGCUAUGCCUGCCAGGAGUUACGCAUAGUCAACUUCGAUAUUGUUAGCCCGAAAAGGUACAUUCGACGAUUAUUGCUGCUCCUUUCUGUUGCGUUGC